AACUUUGGUUGCAGUCAUGUUCUAUGGGACAGCGGUAUGGGACCCUUGGCUUAUAGUUGCCCAGAUUGUCUGUCUUCAAUGCUCAUACUAUCUCACCCUUGGAGUGUUCGUGAUGGUUUUUCUGGGCGUUCGGGUUCCUCGGCUUAGUCUUGUCUACUUUUUCGACUAUGCUACGCUCUCCUUGUCAACAGUCACGGGUUGGUGUGUCAUUGCCUCAUUCUUUCUCAGUUCAUUGGCAGGGGCUGUCUACAUGGUUUUUCUGGUCGAACGGGCACGAAAAUGCUUAGAUUUCUCUGCAACACUUUAUAUCAUACAUCUCUUCUUAUGCAUCAUGUAUGGGGGGUGGCCUUCUUCUAUAACAUGGUGGGUUGUGAAUGGAACUGGACUCGGUGUCAUGGCCUUGCUAGCAGAGUACUUGUGCAUUAGACGUGAGCAACAAGACAUUCCUCUGGAUAGAUAUCGACCGAGUGUUUGAUGUUUGGUUGGCUGAAAACUGGAAAAGGGACAGCGAUUCUUGGGGUUUUUUUUUUCUUCUGGAAACUCAUAAACCCUAGAUCUAGCAAAAAGGAUGGAUUGGGUACGGGGAGUUGGUCUAUGGGGGCGGGCAUGAAAGAGGUACCUACUCUGCCUGAAUAUCUUACAAUCCAUAUAAGUUCCCGUUCUUUCGAUUUGAUUUGAUUGGUUUGUUUGUAUGGCUGGUAUGUUACUCUUGAACGGGUUCUUAUGGUUCCCCUUUUGUUUUGGGUGGUUUAGUUUAUUGCUUGUGAGUUGUGACUGGGUUGUUCCUUCCUGUACCUGCUUUGUUGUGGUAACAUUAUAUGCUUUUACCCACCAAGGGAUAGUCCAGUGGUCAAUCUGAGGGUACAAUACACUUCAAGUCAAGGUUGGGUGUUCGACUCCACUUGGCGGGGAGAGACGUAAUUUAUGGGUCAAUAAGGUCCAUAUACAAAGACUGGUCCCGAACCGGAGGAUUACCUAGUCAGUGCGUCCGAAGGGUAGUAGAUAGAGUUCUUUGUUAUUAAAAAAAAACAUUAUAUGGUUGGUAUUCAUGAUAAUAGAUGGAAAUGAACAACAGUUGAUACAAUCGGAGGAGCUACAAUGCUACUUAGGGGAUAGCUGUGUUGUGAUAGUAGAAUACAUUUGUGCCAUGAUGUCGUCGAAUGUAAAUGGCAACCAGUAUGUGUUUUUCAGUAUAUUAACCCGACAAGACCAACUCCAAAUCCAA